CAGGAGUGCGAGGACUGGAGCGCGCGCGCGCCCCCCCGCGGCCACCAUGCGCGAGAUCGUGCACCUGCAGGCGGGCCAGUGCGGCAACCAGAUCGGAGCCAAGUUCUGGGAAGUGAUCAGUGAUGAGCAUGGCAUUGAUCCCACUGGCACUUACCAUGGUGAUAGUGACCUACAGCUGGAAAGGAUCAAUGUUUACUACAAUGAGGCCACAGGAGGGAAAUAUGUGCCCCGAGCAGUGCUGGUGGACCUGGAACCAGGGACCAUGGACUCGGUCCGUUCUGGCCCCUUUGGGCAAAUCUUCCGGCCAGACAACUUUGUCUUUGGCCAGUCUGGGGCUGGGAACAACUGGGCCAAAGGUCACUACACAGAGGGUGCUGAAUUAGUGGACUCGGUCCUGGAUGUAGUUCGGAAGGAGGCGGAGAGCUGUGACUGCCUGCAGGGCUUCCAGCUGACCCACUCGCUGGGUGGGGGCACAGGCUCAGGCAUGGGCACCCUGCUGAUCAGCAAGAUCCGUGAGGAGUACCCAGACCGCAUCAUGAACACGUUCAGUGUGGUUCCCUCGCCCAAGGUGUCAGACACGGUAGUGGAGCCCUACAAUGCUACCCUCUCCGUCCACCAGCUAGUGGAGAACACAGAUGAGACCUACUGUAUCGACAACGAGGCCCUCUAUGACAUCUGUUUCCGUACUCUCAAGCUCACUACACCCACCUAUGGGGACCUCAAUCACCUGGUGUCUGCCACAAUGAGUGGAGUCACCACUUGCCUUCGUUUCCCAGGCCAGCUCAAUGCUGACCUGCGCAAGCUUGCGGUCAACAUGGUCCCCUUCCCCCGUCUCCACUUCUUCAUGCCCGGCUUUGCCCCACUCACCAGCCGAGGGAGCCAGCAGUACAGGGCAUUGACAGUCCCUGAGCUCACUCAGCAGAUGUUUGAUGCCAAGAACAUGAUGGCGGCCUGUGACCCCCGCCACGGGCGCUAUUUGACAGUGGCUGCCGUCUUCCGUGGCCGCAUGUCGAUGAAGGAGGUAGAUGAGCAGAUGCUGAACGUGCAGAACAAAAAUAGCAGCUACUUUGUGGAAUGGAUCCCCAACAACGUCAAAACAGCCGUGUGCGACAUCCCACCCCGGGGUCUCAAGAUGGCAGCCACCUUCAUCGGCAACAGUACUGCCAUCCAGGAGCUCUUCAAACGCAUCUCCGAGCAGUUCACGGCCAUGUUCCGCCGGAAGGCCUUCCUUCACUGGUACACGGGUGAGGGGAUGGAUGAGAUGGAGUUCACUGAGGCUGAAAGCAAUAUGAAUGACCUAGUCUCAGAGUACCAACAAUACCAAGAUGCCACGGCAGAAGAGGGGGAAUUUGAGGAGGAAGCUGAGGAGGAAGAAGUGGCCUAGAGUGCUUCCCACUGGGUCUACCUACACCACAGACCCCACAUUACCCUCCCCAGUUCUGACCCCACAUCAUCCUCAUUCUUGUCCGACACUUCUUCCCCUGGAUUCUACCUUGACCCUACUAUGUCUCCUCAAUUUCUCUGCUCACAUCACUCCAUAUUGUCCUCUGACCCCACCAAACUUUCAUUUUCUCUAAUUAAUUCCCUUAUACUGUCCCCCUGACUUGUCUUCAGCCCCAUCCACACCCAGCUUCUCUGAUCCUACCCAAAUUCCCUGAUAUUUUCCCCAAUUUUUCUCCAACUUCUCUGACCUUGUAUCUCCCUCAUCUUCUCUGAUCCCUCUAAACCUUAGCUCUCCUAUUCUCCCUCUGAAACUACUCCUGAAAAGGCGGCCAUGAGAGAGAGGGAUUUAGACCUAGAAGAAACUUUAGAGAUUACAAGCCCUUCAUAAAAAAGGGACCUUGAGUCAUACACAUAGAGUGAAUGAUGGAGUUGUGAACUGAACCCCUCAGUCCUUGGGUGUCUCCCCUCUUCCAAAUAAAUUCCUUCCUCCCCCAAGUAACUCCACCCUAUGCUAUGUUGGGCACGUUUUCGUUUUUCCAGACGAGCAUGCACUAACUCCCACCUUAGCUUAGUGUUGUGAUUUGGAUGGGGUUGGCAGGGAGGGUGUGGGGCUCAGUGAAUGUCCCUAAACAUUUACACAAUAAAAUCAUGAUAACACA